AUGUUGCUUAAGCCUGCGACACCCCUCACCAUUUUGCUCCUGAUCGCAUUCGCGCUACUGCUACUCUCGUGCCUUUCCACUCCCAUUAUCAAGGGAAUUCCAUUGGCAACCUUCAAGGAUGUGGACUACGGUGUCUUUGGCUACUGCAAAGGGAACACCUGCACUAAUAUCCAUGUGGGAUACACCAGCAAUGAUAUUAGCAGCACCGGCGACGAUUUCAAUCUGCCGUCCAGCACUCGAAAGUCGCUCUCUUCAAUUCUAAUUAUCCACCCAGUCGCCGCCUUAUUGACCCUCAUUUGCCUGUGCCUGGCCGCCGCCGCCCAUUUCCACGCCCCUUCUCACUCACCGCGCUAUCUCUUGGCACUUUUGAUUCUGCUAUUGCCAACCCUGCUGGUGACACUGUUGGCCUUUUUGGUUGAUAUCCUGCUAUUUGUGCCCCAUUUAGGAUGGGGUGGUUGGAUUGUUCUAGCGGCGACUAUCCUCCUCGUUUCCUGCGGGGUGGUCACCUGCGCCAUGCGCCGGACGCUGGUAAGUCGCAAGGCACGAAAGCGCCGGAUCGCUGAAAAUGCCGAAAUGAGCGGCGAGAACUACUACAACCGACAAAAUGCCAACGCGGCCGCCGCCCCUGUCCCGGCGCCCGCUGAGCCGAAGGAACCAUUCGUGUCCAAUUCCCUCACAUCCGAAUCUGGCCCGACUUUCGCGACUUUCCAAACGGAAAGACGCGACAGUGACGAUGAUCGUACGCCUCUCAACUCGCGAACGCCCAUGAGCGAUAUUCCUCCGCCCCCGGACCGCCGAGGCACCCCAUACCGCGCCCAGCAAGACGAGCUGGGUAAUAUUCCUCCCCAGGGCGCAAGUCCCUACGCUGGGGGCUCUAUGUCGCGUAACCCCUCCGACCCGCGACUCCGCCCUCAAUACUCAGAUGGCAGCAUGGGUUCUGGCAGAGGCGGAGCGCCGCCCGGCUUCAAUGGACGCGGGCGAGGUGGCUACCCACCACGCGGAGGCCGCGGAGGACCUUACAUGGGGCCUCCUCGUGGGCCUUCUCCUGGUACGCGAGGUGGUUACAUGGGUCCAAUGCCCGGUCGUGGUCGUGGUGGAAUGGCUCCAGGCCGAGGGCCACCUGGUGGAUACAUGCCUGGCCCGGCUCGCGGCUUCGACGCAUACGGUCACCCUACGUCGCCUCCCCAUGAUGACCCUUAUGGGUACGAGUCGUCGCAAGGACCAAUGCGUCAACCCUCUCCGGGGCCCAUUGGAAUGGCCGUUUCACCUGAGACGGUGGGCCAGGCCAUCGAAAUGACACCACAAAGUCGUACCCAAUAUGACACGCAAGAACCUAUGAGCAGUGUUCCUCAUGCACUUUCUACCGACUACAACGCUCCUCUUGAAAGCCCAACGAGCAUGUACAGUCGACCUGAGUCCUACGUCCCCCCUCGUGCGGGCUGGGGUGCCAAUGACCGUCACACGGUGUCUCCGCGGCCUCCCGGCACACCGCUGCAGUCCGCUCCUGUUAGCACGAACUAUUACGAAGACGUGGAGCCUCGCUUCGCUCGACGUCCAUCACCUCACAACGAUUCCGCUAUUCCUUCUUCUUUGACGCCCGGGGGUGCUCACUUCUAA